AGUACUAGUUGUUAGUGUUUCAAAAAAAAAAAAAAUAUAGUAAUUUUAAACACUACUUAGGAACUCAGUUAGCUUUCAACGCUCUCUUUGCUUUCUUCAUGGUCAAGCAAAAGUUCACUCCCUUCUCUAUAAACGCCGUCGUUUUGCUGACGGUGGGCAUCGUAGUCUUGGCCUUGCACAGCGAUGGAGACAAGCCGGCUAACGAGACUCACAAGGAGUAUGUGGUUGGAUUCUUGAUGACUGUGAUUGCAGCUGUCUUGUACGCUUUUAUAUUGCCACUCGUUGAAUUUACUUACAAGAAAGCUCGACAAGAAAUCACUUUCCCACUUGUGCUCGAGAUUCAGAUGGUCAUGUGCAUCGCGGCUACUUGCUUCUGUGUCGUUGGCAUGAUCAUCGACGGCGAUUUCAAGGUGAUAUCAAGAGAAGCAAGAGAGUUCAAGAUUGGAGGAUCAGCGUUUUACUACACGUUGAUUGUGAUCACAGGGAUAGUGUGGCAAGGAUUCUUCUUAGGAGCCAUAGGGGUUGUGUUCUGUGCGUCGUCUCUAGCUUCUGGCGUUCUCAUCAGUGUUCUGCUUCCGGUGACGGAGGUUUUGGCCGUGAUUUGUUUCCGGGAGAAGUUUCAGGCAGAGAAAGGUGUCUCUCUCUUCCUCUCCAUAUGGGGAUUCGUCUCUUACUUCUACGGCGAGUAUAAAUCCGGCAAGAAAGUUCUCGAGAAAUACCAGCCGCCGGAGACAGAACUGCCUUCUCUUCAAGUUAGUGAUUCUGUUGCUUAAAGGUCUUUCGCUUAUCUACCGGAGAGGAUUAUGGUUAUGAACUUUGGAUUGAAAAGAAUAAGUUAGAGCAACUUUUUCUAUCUAUUAUGUGUAUUUUUUUGUGUGCUCUAUCUAUUAUGUUUGUGUAUUUUUCAGUGAAAUUGUUAAUGGUCUUUUGUAUAAUUAAACAUGUUACAAAACUGUAAGUUAUAGAAAAGCAAAGCACACCAAAUGAUUGUGUAUAUAUAUGUUUUUAGUUGAAAUUGUUAUUUCUGGUAAA